AUGAAGUCAAACAGAGAGGUGGUUGCAAGACAUCGUUCUCUCAGCUCUUUCGAAGCAAUGGUCUCUGCUCUCUUCAUUAUUCUUGUUGCCCUGUGUGCUGGGUUAAUUGCAAUGUCCUGGUUGGCAAUCAAGGAAUCAGAAACAGAUGCAGCCCUUGGAAAAAGUCAUCAAGUCAGAGGGACAUUUAAAAUAACAUCUGGAGUGACAUAUAAUCCUAAUUUACAAGACACACUCUCGGUGGAUUUCAAAAUUCUUGCUUUUGACCUUCAGCAAAUGAUAGAUGAGAUCUUUGAAUCAAGUAAUCUGAAGAACGAAUAUAAGAAAUCGAGGGUUUUUCAAUUUGAAAAUGGCAGCGUUAUAGUCCUUUUUGACCUCUUUUUUGCUCAGUGGGUAUCAGAUGAAAAUGUAAAAGAAGAACUAAUUCAAGGCAUUGAAGCAAAUAUAUCCAGCCAACUGGUCAUUCUCCAUAUUGACUUGAACAGCAUUGAUAUCACAGCAUCUUCUGAUAACUUCUCAACACCAUUCCCUGUAACAACUUCAGAUAAGCUGACAACCAGCAGUUCUGUGACAACUUCAGCAUCUUGGGGUAACUUCUCAACAGAAAUUGCUGCAACAACUUCAGCAUCUUGGGGUAACUUCUCAACAGCAAUGGCUGCAACAACUUCAGGCAACGUCCCAAUAGAUUGCCAACCUGGCUCGCGGCCCUGUGCUAACACUUGGAAUUGUAUAGCAACUGAUUUAUUUUGUGAUGGAGAAGUGAAUUGUCCAGAUGGUUCAGAUGAAGACACAGAGCUAUGUGCCACAGCUUGUGAUGGAAGAUUUUUGUUGAUGGGAAAUUCUGGGUCUUUCCAAGCUGAUCAUUACCCAAACAAUGGGUCAGCUGUUGUUUGCCGCUGGAUCAUCAGUGUAAAUGGAGGACUUUCCAUAAGAAUCAGCUUUGGAUCUUUUAUUUCACAUUAUACAGAUGUGUUAGAUAUUUAUGAAGGUGUAGGACCCAGCAAAAUUUUAAGAGCCUCUUUUGUGGAAACGGAUCCUGGGACAAUUCGAAUUUUCUCCAACCUAGUGACAGUCACCUUCCUGAUACAAUCUGAUGAAAGUGAUUUUAUUGGCUUCAGUGCCUCCUACAGCACCUUUAACAGCAGCACCCUCAGCAAUUACGAGAAAAUCAGCUGCACUUUUGAUGAUGGCUUUUGCUUCUGGACCCAGGAUCUCAAUGAUGAUAAUGAGUGGGAAAGGAUUCAAGGGCCACAGUUUCCUCUCUUCCCUGGACCACCUUUUGACCACACAUUUGGAAAUGAAUCAGGAUUUUGCAUUUCUACACCAACUGACCAAGGAUGGAGAACAGAAAGAAUGGGGCUUUCAAGCCUCUAUUUAGAGCUCACUUCAGAGCCUGUCUGCCUUCAUUUCUGGUAUUACAUGUGUUGUGAAAGUGUCUACAACUUGAGCAUUCAUAUCAGCAGUGAUGAAACUAAAGACAAGACAGUUUUUCAAAGGACAGGAAAUUAUGGGAUGAAUUGGAAUUACGGUCAAGUCACAAUAAAUGAGACAGUGGAAUUUAAGGUUGUGUUCAAUGCUUUUAGAAACCCAGGUUGGAGUACAAUAGCCCUGGAUGACAUAAGCCUAACAAAUGGAAUUUGUAGUGAGAGUCUUUAUCCAGAACCGACUUUGGUUCCCACCCCGCCGCCAGAGCUUCCUACUGACUGUGGAGGACCUUUCGAAUUAUGGGAGCCAAAUACAACAUUCAGUUCUCCAAACUUUCCAGAUAUCUACCCUAAUCAAGCUUUCUGUGUAUGGAAUUUAAAUGCACAAAAGGGAAAAAAUAUUCAACUUCACUUUCAAGAUUUUGAUUUAGAAAGUAUCAACGAUGUGGUUGAAGUGAGAGAUGGGGGAGAAGUUGACUCCUUGCUCUUAGCUGUGUACACAGGGCCUGGCCCUGUGAAGGACGUGUUCUCUACCACCAACAGAAUGACUGUGCUUUUCAUCACAAAUACGAGGAGGGCAAGCACUGGUUUCAAAGCAAAUUUCACCACUGGAUAUUACUUGGGGAUUCCAGAGCCCUGCCAGGAUGACGAAUUUCAGUGUAAAGACGGAAAAUGCAUUCCAAUGGGGGAUCUCUGUGAUGGACAUACACACUGUACUGAUGGCUCAGACGAAGAACAUUGCGUGCGUUUUCUCAAUGGCAUAACGAACAACAAUGGUUUGGUACAGUUCAACAUCCACGGUGUGUGGCAUGCAGCUUGUGCUGAGAACUGGACCACACAAAUUUCAAACGAAGUUUGUCAUCUCCUGGGACAAGGGAGUUCAAACUCAUCAAUGCCAACAUUCUCUACUGGAAAGGGGCCAUUUGUGACUUUAAACAGAGCCCCUAAUGGCAGCUUGACACUAACCGCCAGUCUACAGUGUACACAAGAUUUAUUGACUCUGUUACAUUGCAACCACCAGUCAUGUGGAGAGAAAAUGGUGACCCAGAAAGUCAACCCAAAGAUUGUUGGUGGAAGUGAUGCGCAUGCCGGGGCGUGGCCCUGGGUGGUGGCUCUGUAUUACAGAGACCGGCUGGUCUGUGGUGCGUCUCUUGUCAGCAAUGAAUGGCUGGUGUCGGCUGCACACUGUGUAUAUGGAAGAAAUGUAGAUCCAACCAGGUGGACAGCAUUCCUGGGCCUGCAUAUGCAAUCAAAUCUGACUUCUCCUCAAGUAGAAAGAAGGGUGAUUGAUCAAAUUGUCAUAAAUCCUCAUUAUGAUAAGCGAAGAAAGUUCGAUGACAUUACUAUGAUGCACCUUGAGUUCAAAGUGAAUUAUACAGAUUAUAUACAGCCUAUUUGUUUGCCAGAAGAAAACCAAGUAUUCAUUCCAGGGAGAAUUUGUUCAAUUGCUGGCUGGGGAUAUACUGAAAUUCAAGCAGGUUCUACUGCUGAUGUACUGAAAGAAGCUGAUGUUCCUCUUGUAUCCAAUGAGAAGUGCCAGCAACAGCUGCCAGAAUACAACAUCACCGAAAAUAUGAUAUGUGCAGGAUAUGAAGAAGGAGGUAUAGACUCUUGUCAGGGUGAUUCGGGAGGACCAUUAAUGUGCCAAGAAAACAACAGGUGGUUUCUUGUUGGUGUGACAUCAUUUGGAGUUCGAUGCGCACUGCCUAAUCACCCUGGGGUAUAUGCCCGGGUCUCAGGAUUUACAGAGUGGAUACAAAGUUUUCUACAUUAG